AUGGCUGAAGCCGCCUCGACAUCGUAUGAAAAAUCGCACAAAAAGCACAAGAUAAAAGACGCCGAACGAACAGAUAAAUCCGAGCGAACGAAUAAAAAGCGUAAACUAGGAGACUUAUCCGAAGCUCCUUCAGUAGAAAAGUCCGCCCCCCGAAGCAGCAAUAUAGACCCUCCAAUGCCGUCCUUACAACAAACCGUGGAUCAUUCUUCACGAACCCUCAAAUCUGCGGAAAUAUCUUCCCCAUAUGCCCUUACCACCGCUUCCCGCUAUCUCUCCAUCUCACCAGCUUAUUCCGCAACGCCACAGACUGGUAUCCAACGCGAUCACCUUGACCCCCUUGUAUUUAAAUACGACAGCACUCUUGAUGGCGUCAUUCUCCUUCACCAAAACCUACGAUUCCAGUCGCCCGCUGCAAAAAUAUUAGGAGAAUCACCGUUUGCUUUCGUAUGGUGUCUUGUGGAAUUCGUGCUGUGGAAGCCAACAGUGGGUAUGGUGCUUGAAGGGUACGUGAACAAUGUGUCGCCUAGUCACCUAGGGAUGUUGUAUGGGAAUGUUUUCAGCGUUUCAGUGACGCAGGCAGGGAUUCCGCAAGAUUGGAAGUUUGUAGCGGCAAAGGAAGACGAUGCCAGUUUGGUUAUUGAGGCAGAGAAUGAUCCUUAUUCAAAUGUCGGAAGAGGGAGGAGGGAGAAGCAGAAGCCGGUUGGUGGGACGGAUCCGAUCGAGGGUUUGACGAAAGCUAUGGGAAGGUGGUUUGAUUCGGAAGGGAAUGAGGUAGAAGGGCUUCGGAAAUUUGUAGUCACGGCUGUAAAGGCCGAAGGGGGUAUGCUGUCGUUGGAAGGGAGCUUCAGAGACGAGGAUGUACCGGAAAUCAUUGAGAGCGAGCCUGAGCAUGCGGCAACCACAGAGGCCCCGAAAAGACGGAUCACACAACUCUACGGCAAGGAUUCAGAUGACGAGGAGUCGAGAAGGCGGCGAAAGGAGAAAAAAGAGAAGAAAAAGCGGAAACGAGAAGGGAAAACCGAAUGA